AGUCGGUGCAUCGCGCUCAACUGUUGGGCUGCAUUUCUCUGACAGUAGGCUUGUAUUGUGUGUGUGUAGAAAGGCUGUUUUUAUUAUUUUGUCGUAAUUCAACGUUUUUAUCGUGGUACAUAUAUUGGUGUCUGACUAUUUCGUCGUGUACUGCGUGGGUGUGUGAUACGUUGCUGGUGGGAUUUCUUGAAUUUAGUUCAAAUCCUCGAAUUAUUUAUUUAAAAAUAUCGAUAACUCGGUCGUAUGAACUAGAAAAGGGCGUAUCUACGCCACAUCGCAGCCACAUUGCGUCAUUUCGUUCAAUUCAAGGAGACAUUAACUAUUAGCCCUUGACCGUUAUUAAAAAUAAAAUAUAGUUUAUAAAUCAAGUAAAAAUUCAAGCAAUACCACGGUAAAAAGCGUUUUCAGCUCGAAACGCUGUAAUUACAAAAACAGUCUCGUUACGUAUUACACACAUCCAGGAGUUAUAACUAUAACAUUGCCAAGACGCAUCGGAUCUCGCAGUGUCGCGUAGAUGCUGUCCGUUUAUUGCUUAAGAGCCAAGAGGAAGGCGCGAGAAAACAAUAAUGUCGACGGAGAAGACGCCGUUAGCAGGGCCGAGCCAAAGUUUCGGCUCGAUGCCGGCGGCACCUUUUUACACGCCGGACACCUACCGGUUUUACUCGAGGCGUAGGAGGGAGCGCCAACUGCAAUGCAUCAUGUUUGUCACCAUAUUAGCCACCUUCAUCAUGGCACUGAUAGUGACGGUCAGCUACACGGUGAACCACCCUGACGUCCUCCCACCUGAGACCAACGUUUCAACCCCGGACCAGGUAGUCAGCGGUUUACAGUCCACGGGUCAACGGCCAUCUCUAAAACAGUCGGGACCACCCGCCAGCAACCUGACCGACGAAGAGCUAAAGGAAGCCGUGGGAGCAGGUCGCGCAGCCUUGGCAGCUCGUUGGCAGGCCGACAGCGUGACGAAACCCUUACCUUCACCUUCGCCCAACUCACGGCACCAGAUGGCCGUCAGCACGACUUCCGUCGCCAACCGGCUAGCUCUGGUCGGCGUCGCGGAAAUAGCCGCUACUCAGAAGAUCGAAACCAGCAGGUCGUUCAUGGGCAAACCGUCGAGUUUCGGGAGUUACAUAGACGGUGGAUGGCUUCCCGAGGUCGUCUGCCCCAGAGACCACAACGUAGUCUGUCCCAGUGUCCCGUCGAAGUACAGGAGGUUCGACGGUGCUUGCAACCAUCCGGAGAAUCGUGGAAUGGCGUACACGCCUUUCGCGAGGAGUUUACCACCGGAUUAUGCUGACGGUAUCUCUGCACCAAGGGUUGGGAAGUAUGGCAAUCCUUUGCCGUCCGCUAGACUCGUUAGACGCAAGGUACACCCGCCGUCUCCGAGUACGAAUCCGUCAUUCACAGUGAUGCUGGCAGUAUUUGGCCAAUUUCUCGACCACGACAUAACAGCCACCGCGGACAGUCGCGGCAGAAACGGAAGCUCGUUAUCGUGCUGCGAACCGAACAGCGACGGCGUAAGACAUCCGGAGUGUUUCAACGUCGAAGUGGGACCGGGUGAUCCGGUCUAUGACUCGCUGGGCUUAUCGUGUAUGGAAUUCGUUAGGUCAGCUCCUGCGGCGCAGUGCAAGAUCGGACCGAGGCAGCAACUGAAUCAGGUGACGUCGUUCAUCGACGGCUCGGUUAUCUACGGCGUGGACAUGGAAGUGGUCGAGGGUCUUCGCGAAUUUUCGUCCGGACGACUGCGCAUGCAGAUCACCCCGGACAAUCGAGAAUUGCUUCCAAUAAGCACGAAUCCCAACGACGGCUGCAACAAACAGAUGCAAGCGGCCCGCGGUCGAUACUGCUUCGCGUCGGGCGACAAGAGAUCCAACGAGAAUCUGCACCUUACGACGAUGCAUCUGCUCUGGGCACGACUGCACAAUCGCAUAGCUCAGGACCUGGCCGACGUCAAUCCGCAGUGGGACGACGAGAAAAUCUUCCAGGAGUCCAGGAGGAUAGUCGGGGCUGAGCUUCAACACAUAGCCUACCGCGAGUUCCUGCCGAUCGUCUUGGGCGAGAGCGAGAUGAAGAAACGUGGGCUGGAACCGCUGAGCAUGGGUUUUAGAGAGAAGAAGGACGACGAGGUAGAUCCAGCGAUCGCCAAUCACUUCUCCGCUGCGGCUUUCAGAUUCGCUCAUACGCUCAUUCCGGGAUUGAUCAAGAUGACCGACGAGGAAAAGGGAACCGAGUCCUGGAUUCAGCUGCACAAGCUUUUGUUCAACCCUUAUUCGUUGUACAAUGAAGACGGCGUGGAAAGUUCGAUAAGAAGUGCGACCUCGAACAGCAUUCAAAAGACGUCGACCCACGUCACUUCCCAACUGACCGACCACCUCUUCGAGGAUCCGGUGAGCAAUACGACGACGGUCGGAUGCGGUCUUGAUCUCGUGUCCUUGAACAUCCAGCGAGGCCGAGACCACGGACUGCCAGGCUACGUCAAAUGGAGAGAGUAUUGCGGUCAGCCAAAACCAUUAAGCUUCGCUGAACUGAAAGAUGACAUGGAUCCCGAGUCACUGGAUGCUAUUUCGAAGCUUUACGACAACGUCGACGAUAUCGACUUGUACACGGGUGCACUGUCCGAACGGCCUAAAGGGGACGGACUGUUAGGUCCGACUUUUACGUGCUUGAUCGCUAAUCAGUUUGAGAAGUUGCAAGUGGGAGACAGCUACUGGUACGAGAAUGCGGGUCAUCCGGGAUCGUUUACCGAAGAUCAAUUGCGAGAACUGAGAAAGGCAUCGCUCGCUCGCGUGAUCUGCGACACGUCUCACGGUAUCACUGAAAUACAAGCUCGCGUUAUGCAAUCCGUGGGUCCGAACAAUCCGCUCGUUUCCUGUGACGAUAUCCCCAAUCCUUCCAUCGAUGCAUGGAAGACGGACGGGCCCUUGCUUACCUUGUCGGCGUAUCCGGUUCCGGCAGAAGACUGGCUUCGAUUCAAAAACGAGGUCAAUCAAACCAUAAUCGACAUAGUUUCCAAUAUCAUGGCCAAGAAACCACCUCCGGGAAGCUUGCCCACGGAUUGGUUGGCCUUCCAGAAGGAUAUCAACAUGACGUUUAUGGAUCUGAAGGAUAAAUUCUCCGCACUGCACCCGAAGGUAGUGACGAAUGUGAGUCUGGCUGAGAAGGAAGCCGCUGAUUCAAACAGUUUCGAUUGGAUGGCUUUGAAAGGUCAAGUCAACGCGACAGUUCAGGAUAUCAUGGACGUCAUCUAUGCCAAUAAACCUCCUCCGGGAAGCUUACCCGCUGACUGGUUGAUUUACAGGAAGAAAAUCGAUGAUUCGUUAAUUGGCUUCCGGAAAAAAUUCAAAAUUUUAGACCUGAAGGACGCACCUAGUGAUAUAACAACAGGGCAGUCUACUCCGAAUCUGAAACAAGUCGGCGAUAUUCCGACGAUCGAUUGGUCAGCGAUUAAAAACGACAUUAACAAAACGAUAAUGGAUGUCGUUAUCUCAAUAAACGGAAGCAAGCCGUUGCCCGGGAGUACACCCGCCGAUUGGUUCGCUUUCAAGAAGAAGAUAAACGACACGCUGGCUGGUUUCAAAAACAAGUUCAAAGGUCUCCAUCCGAAACCUGUGACGCCAGUUGAGAAAUUGGGGGCGUCUGGUAAUCAGUCUACAUUUGACUGGGCUGCAUUGAAAGAUGACCUCAGUGAGAUCUUGAAACAAUUCAUCGAAUCUAAGAAGCCACCUCUAGAUAACGUUCCGGCUGAUUGGGACUGGAACGCUUUUCAGAAAGACGUGAACAACACUUUGGACCGGUUAACGGACGAAUUUUUGAUGAAACUGAACUCAACGACGUUUUCGAGUGAAAGUAACGACGAAGCUAAAUCGAAAGAUGAUACGAAUGUUCCAGCUGAUGCUGAAGACAGUAAUGCCAACAAAACGAUAGCGGAGAUCGUCGCGGAUAUCAAAGCGAGCAAACCGGCGGCAGGUAGUCCGCAAGCGGAUUGGGUAGCUUACAGUAAAAAACUGAUCAAAGUUUUCACCGACCUGAAAAAUAAAACCGCUAAUACAUACGCAAAGGGAAAACCUAAAACCAAGGUCAAGCUAAGCGAAAACGCGGUGGAUGUGAAUAAGAUACUUACCGAUCUACUGACGACUGUAAAAAACAAACCACCGAUCGAUAGUCCCGUGAGUGAUUGGCUUGCUUAUAAAAAACAAAUAAAAGCAAUGACGACCAAGAUAAAAGGUGAGUUCGCUGAGAUCAAAAAAACGGAACUCGCGAAACCUGAUUUGGUCACAGAGAGCGACGUGACAUUCGACUGGGCAGAAUGGAAGAAUCAGAUAAACAGUACACUCGAUAAACUGAUUGCUGAAGUGGCGAUCACACCACCGGGAGACACGAGAUGGCCAGCUUUUAAAGUGGCUUUGAAUAAAACUUUAAUGGGUUUUAAAAAUCAACUUGCAAAAAUGCAGGAACAUCCACCUCUCAUAAAAUUAAUGCAGGUACUGAGCAGCGAUUUGGCUGAUUUCAAGGAGCGCGUUAAUAGUACAAUAGAAGAUACUCUGGACGAUAUUCUCGGCAACAUGCCGCCUGCUGGAGAUCCCGCAUGGCUGAAUUACAACAGUUACAUAAAAACUAGGUACGCUCAAAUGCGAGAAGAUUUGAUGGCGAUUAAAACUGAAUGGCUGGAGAAAACGAAGAUGGCCACGGAAGUUAUGAUGGUAAGCAACGCGAAACUCUCCGCAACGAGUUCUGCGUCCACUUUUCAAAGUACGUUAGGUAGUACGAAAUGUCAGUUGCAAAUUAGUAUUUUGUUUGUGAGUACUAUCAUUCUAGUACGUUGGUCGGAAACGUAAGUUUUAUUAAACUAACGAUAAAAAAAAUUUGAAUUUGGUUACGAUAAUUUUAAGAGUUAAUUUGUAGAGGAAUAAAAAAAUAUAUCAGGCAUCGUUACAAUUAAAUGCGUUUGUAAUUAUAUUGUCGUUUAAUUAAAAAAAAAUAUGUUAAUCUUCUGUCUCUUAUAAGGGUUAUAUUUAUUUUUAUAAUUUUAUAAGUAAUUCAAUCAGUCAAUAAGAAAAUGAAUUAUAGCAAUAGACUAGGAGUAAAGACUAUUAGUAUAUAAUAAAUGUUAAGGUGCAAAGAAUUAUUGAAAAACUAGCUUCCUGUUAUACUGUAAGCUUAAAAAUUGACUGACAAAUUAUUGCAGAAUACUUUUUUUGACUAUCUAAAUUAUUGCGUGAUUAUUGUAUCACAAAUUCUGUAUGAUACGUGCUUUAUUAUUGUAUCUAAUAUUUAAUUGAUGUUUUGGAUAAGCUUUUGUCAGCUCUUAAAAUAUCUCGACCAGAUGGAUGAAGGUCUAGUAUCAACAUAAUCUCUUAGGUAAUAAAGAAUAAAUAAUUUUUACGAUUUCAUGAGCGCUAAUUCAUUUUGAAUACUGAGCCACGAAUUCUCACAAAAAAAACUUCUCAAAUGCUUUAUAAACCUUAUAUUUUUAUAAUUAAAUAACCAUAGAGUAUUUGACAAUUGUAGGUAUAGUUUUCAAUGACAUAGAAUAAGUAAUGCUGAACAAAUAUCAUUUUUAAGAAUUUUAUUGAAUAUCCAAGAAUAACAACAAUGUGUAAUUCUUGAUAUGAAAUGUAUGAUGAAUUUUGUAAUGAAUAAAAUCUAAUAAAUGUAU